CAGUCGGGAUAAUCUCGGGUCGCCAUGUCUCGGCGAAGGUUGGAAGAAGCCAUUCUUAGAUCCAAGGCAUUGGAGAGCUCUGGAGAGAGCGUAGAGGAGGGCUCUGACGAUGACGAGCGUUUUGGGGAACUCUUUGUGAGAUAUCGAAUCCCGCUCAGCAAAGACAUACACAGCAUCUACAGCCUCCGCUUCUCCCCCGAUGGCAAACAGCUGGCUGUGGGAUUCGGAAAUGGCGCCAUCCAGAUCGUGAAUACAGAGAGUGGCUCUCUGGCCUCGUCUCUCUUCUCCGGACAUCGCAGCAGGCAGGCCAUCACCGCGCUCAACUACCACCCAAAGAACAGCAACGUCCUGGUGGGGGCCGGAGCGGACGGCCUGGUCUCCUUUUAUGACAUCCAAUCUGAGAUGAACGUUCAUACUUUGACAGAGCCAGAGAAUGAGAUCCACGCCCUGGAUUACAGCAUGGACGGCAGCGUUUUUGGCACGGCUGGGAAAGAUCGCCACAUCCGUCUGUAUGACAGUCACACCAAUGAGAUUCAGAACAUCUUAAUGGCUCCGGAUUUCCAGAACGACUGUGACCUGAGCCUGACCAGCGGCCAUACACGCAAAAUCUUCGCCCUGAGGUUCCACCCUUCUGAGUAUCACGUCUUCCUGACAGGCGGAUGGGACGACUCCAUCAAG